GGCGGGUGCACUGACAGAGAAACCCAGAAGACACUCGGCUCUCUCUCUCUCUCUCUCUCGCUCCAGAUUUUUUUUUUUUCCUUUUAAUCGGAGUAUGGAGUUGGACCCUGACGACGUUUUCAGAGACGACGAAGAUGACCCCGAUUCUGACUUCUAUCAGCAAAGAGAAUCCUCCAAGGAAUUUGUAGUCUACCUUGUUGAUGCUUCUCCUAAAAUGUUUACCACUACUUUUCCUGCCGAAGAUCAAAAGGAUGAAACUCAUUUCCACAUUGCAGUCAGUUCUAUUGCGCAAUCUUUAAAGACUCAAAUCAUCAAUAGAUCAUAUGAUGAAGUUGCGAUCUGCUUCUUCAACACACGGGAGAAGAGGAAUUUGCAAGACCUAAAUGGUGUUUUUGUCUACAAUGUUGCUGAAAGAGAGUAUCUAGACAGGCCAACUGCAAGGCUUAUAAAAGAUUUUGAUUGCAUAGAGGAAUCAUUUAUGAAAGAAAUUGGUAGUCAGUAUGGCAUCGUGUCUGGCUCUCGGGAGAAUUCCCUUUACAAUGCUCUUUGGGUAGCACAAGCUCUUUUGCGUAAAGGUUCUGCAAAAACUGCUGAUAAACGGAUACUAUUGCUUACAAAUGAAGAUGACCCUUUUGGGAGUAUGCAGGGUGCAGCAAAAACAGAUAUGACAAGGACCACAUUGCAGCGAGCUAAAGAUGCACAAGAUCUUGGCAUUUCAAUUGAACUUCUACCCUUGAGCCAACCUGAUGAAGAAUUCCAUAUUUCACUUUUCUAUGCUGGAUUGAUUGGAUUGGAAGGUGAUGAGCUUGCUCAAUUUGUGCCCUCGGCAGGACAAAAAUUGGAAGAUAUGAAAGAUCAGCUAAGAAAACGCAUGUUCACAAAGCGCAUAGUAAGAAAAAUCACAUUGUUUAUUGCUGGACUGUCAAUUGACCUGAAUACAUACGCAUUGAUACGUCCAACUACACCAGGAGCAAUUACAUGGCUUGAUUCUGUUACAAAUCGUCCUUUAAAGACAGAAAGAUCUUUCAUUUGUGCAGAUACGGGUGCACUGAUCCUUGAACCUACAAAGCUCUCCCACCCUUACAAAAACGAGAAUAUCAAGUUCUCUGUGGAGGAGUUAGCAGAAAUAAAAAGAAUUUCAACUGGGCACCUUCGUCUUCUUGGAUUCAAGCCAUUAAGUUGCUUGAGAGAUUAUCACAACUUGAGGCCAUCAACAUUUGUUUUUCCUAGUGAUAAGGAAGUGAUUGGCAGCACUAGCAUUUUCAUUGCUUUGCAUAGAUCCAUGUUGCGGCUUAAUCGUUUUGCUGUUGCAUUCUAUGGAGGCUCAUCUCAUCCUCGGUUGGUUGCUCUUGUUGCACAAGAUGAGAUUGUUAGUGCCGGUGGUCAAAUUGAACCACCAGGAAUGCACAUGAUAUAUCUUCCUUAUUCUGAUGAUGUCAGACAUAUUGAAGAGUUUCAUUCAGAGUCAAAUGUCGGGUUACCUCAUGCAAAUGGUGAUCAAACUAAAAAGGCUGCUGGUUUAAUUAAACGUAUCGACCUGAAAGAUUUUUCAGUAUGCCAAUUUGCUAACCCUGCUCUGCAGAGACACUACGCAGUGUUGCAAGCACUAGCUUUAGAAGAAGAUGAGAUGCCAGAAAGCAAAGAUGAAACACUUCCUGAUGAGGAAGGCUUGGCUAGACCAGGAGUUGUUAAGGCAAUAGAAGAAUUUAAGCUUUCUGUUUAUGGUGACAAGUAUGAUGAAGAAAACCUUUUGGGCAAUGGAAAAGCAAAUGAGACCUCAAGAAAAAGGAAGGCUGCUGCCGAGAAUGCCAAAAAUGAGUCUGCAAAUUAUGAUUGGGCUGAUCUUGCUGACAAUGGAAAGUUGAAGGACCUGACAGUAGCAGAGCUGAAGUUGUAUUUGACAGCACACAACAUUCCUGUUGCUGGGAAGAAGGAAGCUUUGAUCAGCAAAAUAUUAACUCACCUGGGAAAGUGAAAAAGGUGAGGCUAACCCCCAUGUCUUUUGGUAACAUCAAAGAGAAGUACAACCUUUAUUUCUCUGCAAAAUCAGCUAAUUAAGCAAUUUGAAUUUAUUUUGGGUUUUCCUUAAUCUACAGUCACAUAUUUAGGGGUGAAAACAUUUUGCUUUAACUCAAUGGCUAUCUAUGGUGCACUAUAAAUUUCAAUGAAAAUGAAAUGCAGUUCUUGGAAUA